AUGGGUCUGACUAUCAACCUACCCUCUGACUCCGACGACGAGCUUCCUCCCUCCAAGCAGAGCUACAAUGUUUCGAUCGACCAAGAUGAGUCUAUGUCGUCCGGCGACGAUGAGCCUUCCUCGGCCAAGCGUCGCCGCCUUAACUUCGCUAUUCCGGGACAGACUGUCACGACCGACUCGCAAUGGAUGCGCGGUCACGGCACUUUCAACACGCCCGCAUCCGUGGCCAUCACCGCCACCCUCGCCGGCAACGUUGUUGUAACCAACAAGCUACUCUCGGUCUCGCCCAUGCGAGCACGUUACACGCCGGAGAUCGGCGAUCUGGUGGUUGGCCGCAUCGUGGAAGUAGGCAAAUCUCAGUGGAGAGUUGAUGUGUCGGCGCCGCUGCUGGCGAAAUUGCCUCUCAGCAGCAUCAAUCUGCCCGGCGGGAUUUUGCGGAGGAGGACCACGGCGGACGAGUUGCAGAUGCGGCACUACUUUCAGGAAGGCGAUCUGUUGGUGGCGGAGGUGCAGAGUGUUGGGGGUUCUGAUGGCGUGGCAACGCUACAUACGAGAAGUCUAAAGUAUGGAAAGCUGCGCAACGGACUGUUCCUGGCGGUUCAAGGAACUGGAGGCGGGGGCGGAGUGGUGAGGAGUCGGAGGCAAGUAUUUACGAUCAGUGCCGGUGUUACGGGGUCGGACACUUCUCAAGUCGACGUCAUCCUAGGUGUGAAUGGGUAUAUAUGGUUGAGCAAGCACGUGGAGCAGGACGAGAGCAAAGCUGGCGGCAUUAGCAUUUCGAACCUGGAUGACGCUGUUGGCAAAGAGAUCUACUCGAGCCAGAACGAUGACAUUACGGAGGAUACCAGGAGAGAAAUUGCAUGGGUCGCGGAGUGCAUCAGAGUAAUGGCCCAGCAUGGAACAAGAGUGGACGAAGAUGCCGUUGUGAAGGCGUAUGGAGUAGUGGUGGACUGGAACCAAGGCCGAAUGGACGACGGGGACAACAUUAUGCCAGUGGAAGUGAGGAAGAGAAUAGUGGAUGCGGUCCUCCAUUGA